GACUUUUUGCUGUGCGAUUCGACUCCUGGGGAGCUGUUCAGAUUGUCGCUUUGUGCUUCUGUGGUCCAAAACGCAGUUUCCAGAUUCAUGAAGAGGGCGUAUAGACUCGAAGCCUUCCUAGCACCCUUUUUCACGGCCCAGCAAUACGCACUUUUUCAGGAACUCCAGGCAGUGACCGGGCUACUGAUUUCCGGAUCUGUCGCACUUCAGUUUUUUAUGCGCAUCUGGUUUGAUAAUUCGGAUCUUGACCUCUACGUUCAUCACCGCCAUAUUGCUGCCAUGCACGAGUUCCUGGUCGGGGCGGGUUACGCGUACCUAGAAGCGGUGCCCAGUGAAUCAUUCCCGGCCACCAAAGAGCGUCUGGACUCCGUAUUUCAGUUGAAAAUCGUCUGUUCAUCCGACAAUACGUCGGCCAAGUAUUCGGGGCGCGGUGUGUUUGCGGUAUUGCAUUACACGAAAGCAGACGGCACCAAGGUAGAUCUUAUCACGACCUUGUAUUGCCCAUUCCAAGUGAUUCUUGGCUUUCACUCAACCUGCAUCAUGAACAUCAUAACUUAUGCGCAUGCAGUAUCGCUGUACCCCCACGCUACUUUUUUAGAGGGUGUCUCUUAUCAGAACAAAGCAGUUAAACACUCCGACGAUGCUGCGUUCAAGAAAUACACUGAUCGCGGCUUUUCCUAUCUUACUCGGGACGAGGCUCUCACCAGGACGGAAUUCAGAUUCCAGCGUCGUGUCGGGGACAGGUUUUCCUGGAUUAUCCCGUUGCGA